CGUGCCACCCGCGCAUAACAUCAUCCAUCCACGUCGGAGCCAGAGUAACUGUGAGGAAAACCCUCGUUGUGUGUGCGAGAGACCACAGAGAGAGCGAGAGAGAGAAGGAGAGAGAGAGAGAAAAAAGGAGAGAAGAAAAGAUGGCGCGUGGAAACCAGCGAGACCGCGAUCGCCUGAAGGCCCAAGCGAAAGAGGCCAAGAAGGGCGGCAAGAGUAAGGAGGGCUGCCCCCGGGCUAGACAAGAGCGGGAUGCACAAGCGAUGAGGGAAAAGCAAGCCCGCAAGGCUGCCGAGAGGGAGGCGAAGGAGGCUGCCGAUGCCGCUGGUGGUGCUGGUGCCAAGAAGUGAUCAUCUCGAUGUGGAAGUUUUUUCCUGGGCCAAUGGUCAAGUUUAUUUCUCUUUGUCAAAACACGGAGAAGAUGGCGUCGCCAACGACCCCCACGCGUGCGAUCUGGCUCUUGUUGAUGUGGAUAAUCGAUAUGGAGAAGGUUCCAAAUUGUGUACGAUUUGUUGCCUCUGUCGAAUCUCGAUCGAAAAUGUUCCACCCACCCCCCAUGUGUCUUUAGCUUACAUGUUGACGACAGGAACUAUCUGUACCACCACUUAGACAUGCUGCUUUUUCACACACAUGCCUCUUUUUUUUGUUCCUUUUUGGGACGGAUCUCGACUGCUUGUCGUGGUGACACGCGCUUGAUUUUCUGCGAUGUUUUCUUCGGCUGCACUUUCCCGGCAUCGCGGGUUUGUUGGCAUGACUCGUUGCCCCGACGAGGUCCGGCUGUCGACGCAUGCCACUAUUUUUCGUGUACCACUGUUGUCUUUGCGUCACUUGAAUGUUGUCCAUUUCACGGGGAAACACUUAUGAUUAUUCUGGUAGAUGUGAGUGGUCCGUGUGUCUUUGCGAAUGUCACCCUCAUUCUUAAGCACGGUCCGGCCACUCCGCUCCCCACGAAAAUCGGCCAGCACAUCAGUCUUCGAGCGCGUUGGGGAGUUGCUUUUGUGGCACCGUUUCGGAGUAGCGGUUGAGGUUGUGCGAGGGUAACGUUUUCUGUAUUAUUCAGCGGUGGGGCUUAUUCGAGAUUUUUUCUUGGCCCCUUUCCCGGCUGGAAGUGGCUAUCAUACGUCAAGGGUUUUUACCGCGUGGGUACCGGGUCUAAUUUGGGAGCGGAACGGGAAACACCCGCACGUAGCAUCCAUUCCAGUGACGACGAGACGAGACGAGCAAGAAGGGGUGGCACUUGGGGGGGCGGGGGGGGGGCACAGAAGAGAAGCCCUUGAAGAUUGCAUUCGGCAGCUUUCAGCUGGGGGAGGCGCGAGCGGUGCUGCGCGUAGUUUUCCCGCGCUCUCUCUCUCGCUCUCUCGCUCUCUCGCUCUCUCCUGCUUGAUCUCUAUCUGUCGGGAAAUUAUGGAGUGAGCACGAUGUGUGCCGCCGGAUCUGUUUCUCCGGCCGGGCCGCUGUUAUUCUACGUGGUGGGGGGCGUUUUCGAGGUGCUAUUUGGGUUCUAUGCUUUUGCUUUCGCGCUCUCUUGUUGUUGCUGAAGGUGGGACCAAGAGCAGUCUCGUGACAAGAGUCACAAUCGCGCGAAGAGCGGGACAAUUCGUUUGCCUACCCCCGCUGUGGUGCCCUUUACGAUCGUUGAGGCCUUCUUUCGUAUGACGAGGGCAACGGUGCCGUAUCGAGGGGGGGUAGACCACCACUAUCGAGCAGCAGCAACAGCGAUAGCGAUGGGAGCAUCAACAGAAGGCUUGUUGAGCGCCAGCCGUUCCAUCGCCCAGAGUGAUGCGUGCAUACACCCUCGAGAGAUUUGGCACGGAUAGGAGGUCUUGUCUGCCUUGGGAGGCAUCUCCUCCCGGAGGCGAUUUGUUGGUCGCCCUGCCCCUCAUUUCUCUGUCGGAUGGCUGGAGCGCAGACGACGGCACACGUGAUUGUGGUGGCAAAAAAGUGCGGACGACUAAUUUGGGGGGCGGGAUAAGAAGAGCAAGAAGCCUCUCGCAAUCAGUCCACCCGAGCUAUCGCCGCCCACGUGGAAGGGGUGUUUGUCAUCGAUGCCUUACCUUCGAGGAGAGCGAGAAAAAAAAAGCAGUGCUUCCUCUUUGCUCACUAGCGUAGUCACGAACGGUGGUAAAACGCUCCCCUCCUCGUGCAUCUUGUUUUACAGGGAAGGUGGGGCGUGCAUCUAGCAAAUCAGAGUUAUAGCGAGGUGUUGCUUCAAUCAAAGUUAUCUCGAUAGGUCCCGACAAAUAGGGGGGCGAGGGGCUGAAGAGUUUGAUCUCAUCGAAAGGCGGCUCGCGUUGGUCGGCAUGCGUUGUUGCUGCGAAGAACCGCGACUAUUGUUGUUGGCUAUCGGGAUUAAGUUUCCUCCGAGAAUAGGCCGGGACUUGUAGGUGGGAUGUGUGCGUGGCCGUAUCGUGGUGCUGUGCAUGACGCAGAAAUGGGG